AAGUGUGUGAUUGUGAUAUAUCUAGGUACCUCAGUGAGAUUUGCCCGAGCGUGUGUUACCGUGUCCGUCGUAGAGAGUAGACUCUAGACUCUAGGGUGUAGUGUGUACUGUGUAAAGUGAGUAGUGACGGAAAUAAAAAAUUUCUGGCUUUAUGUCAUGGCAAAUGGCAUGAUGGCUGGCACAAAGCUUGUUUCUUGAACGUUGUAAUUUCGUGAAAGUGAGCUUGGUUUGUUAAAUUCGGGAAUUGUACUUUUAAUGCAUCAAAAUAUUGUGACUAUAAUAUAUUAUUGUGUUUUGAGACAAUUAGCAGUCCGCAAAGGCACUUAUUUCAAUUAUAGUCGCUAGAAAAGACUAGUUUACGUUUAAAUGGAGGAUUUACACAAAACAAAAUGAACGACGGCGAUUGGAUUUGCAGUGAUCCGAAUUGCGGCAAUAUAAAUUUUGCUCGACGAUUGUCUUGCUACCGGUGUAAUAAAGAACGACCAAAUGCAGGAAAACCAUUUCAAAAGAAGUUAGGAACUGAAAUUGGAAAGUCAGCUGCAGAAAAAUCGCGCGGCUUGUUCAAUGCCGACGAUUGGCAGUGCAAUAAGUGUGCAAAUGUCAAUUGGGCCCGGCGACAAACGUGUAAUGUUUGUAAUGCACCGAAAUUUGGUGAAGUCGAAGCUCGUACUGGCUAUGGCGGUGGGUACAAUGAACGCGGAGUUGUAGAAUAUCGCAAAAGAGAAGCAUCUUCUGAUGAUGAAUACGAUGAGUUUGGCAGGAGAAAACGUAAACGCAAAGCUGAAGCUGGAGACGCGGUUGGCAUCACUGAAGGACCUGUUAACAAAAGUUUUCCACCAACAAUGCCGAUGAUGGAGACAAAUUUGCCAGUACUUACAACAAUUACGCCUCAGAAGAAAAGAGAAAAAGAUAUUUUCAGCGGAAGUCUCAGUGAUGGUUCCGUCUGUGAAGUGCCAUCCAUUACUAAGCUGACAAACAAUAGAACAACUACACAUAAUCAAAACUUUUAUUCUCAAAAUGUUUUUCAAAUGGUACCUAAAAGUAACAGGUAUCAGCGUAAACGCUACUCAAGUUCUGGAGAUAAAGAACAGUCUGGUUCAUCAAGUCAUGAUGGAAGUGUAAAAAUGACUAAUCCUGUAAUGGAAAACAGAGUUUCUUCUACAAACAAUGAUGUUGUAUUCAAGUUUACGGGUCCCACUCCAUCUGAAGUUUUUGAAGUUAAAUAUACAGUUGAAGAAAGGGUUAGGGCUGCGGCAUUUGCUAUUGUGUACAAUAACUGUAAAAUUAGCACAUCAAAGUUUGAAAGUUUGUAUGAUAAACCAGCACCUGAUUUUAAAACAUUAUUUGCUUGGAGACAAAGACUCUUAACUACAGGGUGUUUAGUUGACUCUCAUUCUUUACCAGCUCAAGAGACAGAAAGACAAUUAUGCAACCAUGUGGAAAAAUCAAGUAAAGUGGCUCAAAAACUUCCAAAUCCAGAUGAAAUACCCAUUAUUUCUGACAGUGAUGAUGAUAUUCCUGUAACUUUUCAAUCAAACAAUAAAUCAUUGCCAUUUUUACUUGAAAGAAGUGAAAGUACAGACACCAUGCUGCUAGAUAAAUUUGAUAAUAUAUCUAAAAAUGUCACUGUUCCGCUUAAUACUUCAGAUGAUAAAGAUUUACCUAGAAGCCAGUCUUCUUCCACCCAUAAUAGAUCUCACUCUAGUUCCCGGGACAGUUGUGACUCAAAUUAUUCACAAUCCGACAUAGAAAAUCUUGAAACUAAUGAAAAGUCUUCCCAAAAUGAGCAACAAAAGCAUCAUAAUUCUAAACUAUCAGCUGCUGAUAGUGAUUCUGACUCUUUGUCUUAUAACAGUGAAGAUGUUGACUUUAGAUCAAGAGUCUUUGGAAACAAUAGAAUUCCUAAAAGAACGUGCAAAAAACAAACAUCUUCAACCACAAGUAAAGAUUGUAAUUUUGUACCAAACCUCAUUAAAGGUUAUACCACUCAAAGUACAAAACAACAAUCACCUUUGGCUACUGGUAAUAUAUAUACUCCUCAUUUCCGUAACAUGAAUAUGAGACAUCAGGAUACUAAUUUAACAGAAGGUGAGGGAGUUUCCUCUGAAUAUGUUCCUACAAUGAUGGCAGCAACUGCUAAAAAGCAUUAUCAAGACUUCAAGAACAAUGUUAAGCGCAAAGGAUUUUGGGCUAAGGGAAAUGGAAAUACACUGAAUAGUCAAAAUUCACCAACCAAAUUAACUCGGGUGAAUCCUAACCCUUCUGUUUAUUAUUCCGAAAAAGCAAACCAUAAGAAAAAAGCUGACAGUUUUGUUCAGAAAAUGGAUAAUUCUACAACAGUUGAAAGUUAUGUGGCAUUUGGUAAUCCCAUAGGAUCAACACCAAAUAAUGAGAGAGUUGAUAAUAGCUCAUGUGUUUUUGAUAUUGUUCAAUCUAAUUUUACUAAGAGUAAGAAUAUAAUGGACAUCUUUAAUACAAAUUGUGAGCAGAGUCCAGAGAAACCAAAUGAUUUGGAAAGAUUUGAUAAUGUUAGGAAAAUGUAUGAAGAAAAAUGGAAUGAUGAUGAUGAUGAUCUUUAUAAGGACAGUGAUACAGCUGAAACAUUAGUUAAUAAAAUAGACACUCCCCUAUCAAGUUUAGGGCAGACUAAUAAUGAGAGUCCUACAUCAAAUAUUCUAUAUAGAAGUACAAAUAUAGAUACACUAAACUCUGUCCAAGAGAACAGUGACAAAAUUUUAGACUUACUUAAAGACUUGCAAGGUAGUGACAAUUCUAACAUAGAUAGUGGCUGUGUUAAUAAUGAAAUGUCUUACAAUUCUCUUAACCAUAGUAAUACACAAAUAAUACAAUCACCAGUAAAAAAUGAUAUUCUUCAAAGUAUUAAAUCUGAUUCAAAUCCUAACAAAUUUAUAAAUGAGAAUGAAAGGACUGAAGAACCUCAAGUGGCACAAAUUAAUAAUACUAGAAAUAUAAGUCCAUCAAAGAGAGUGAAGGUUCUGGAAUCAAUUACAAUAAAAUCAAACCUCAUUAAACCUAUAUUUGAAGAAGCCAGUAUUACUGAAUCAAAUUUGCAAAAGCAAUCUUUUGAUGACGCAAGUGAAGUUUCUUUAGAAAAAGAAGCUGUCGGGAAGAUAUGUGAUAUAAAUAUUGAACAAGUAAAUGAGCAACCAAAUCUACUGCCACAAAUAGACUUGUCCAGUAUACUUUCUAGUAUUAACACUAAUACUCUACUGUUAGCUCUUCAAAACUUGCAGCAGAUGACUCAACCACAAAAUAAUGUGACACAGAAUGUGUCAACACAAGAGGAAUCAAACUCUCCAGGAAACACUUCACAAGCAGAUAAUAAAUUAGAAACCAUAAACCUGACAAAUGAUGAAUGGGAGUUGGAAUCUAUACAACAUGAAAGUAUUGAGAGAGAAUUACAAAGGCUAGAUGGCAAUUCAGGAGACACACCUUUUAUUGGUGAUAUAUUUGAUCCAGGUCCCGUUGUUAUACCUCCCAAACUGAACCUAAAGCUAAAUACUAUCUCUAAUGAGGCAAAAACACAACUUCCUCAUUUAAAUGAAAAUGCACCCGUCAUUGGAAGCUUUAAAAGUUUUGCUCUGCCAAAACCAGUAAUAUUGAAUAGGCUAAAACUUACAGUGAAACAGCCAGAGAAGGUUAAGAACUUGUCUGAAGUAAGACGAAAACGAAAAAAGUCUGUUGCAUCAGUAUCUCAAGAUGGUGUUAAAGCAGGAGAUGAGGAUGAUGAAGAAGAAUCUGGUGAUGAUGGAGAUUUAUCUAAGUAUGAUUUGUGGGGUAGUGAUGAGGAAAAAGCAGAAAAUAAUGACAAUGGUGAAAAAAAGGAAGAUGAGAUGGAAAAUAAAAAUGAAACAUCUGUUGACAAUGUUAAAAAAUCUCCUGAAGACGGAAGGAGAUCAAGGAGUUCGUCAUCAUCUUCAAGUUCUUCAUCGAGUUCUAGUUCUAGUCAUAGCUCAACUAACACUCCCAAAAACAAGUUCGACGAUUUCAACUUAAAUAGCGAGCGAGAGUCGCCGCACGAGUCACCAAAAAGUCGCAAAUCUGGCACGAGGUCGAGAUCGCCGCGAUCCCGGUCUUCUAGCGCUCCCACCAGACGCAGAUCGAGGGAUAGUCGAUCUGCUGGAGAAAACAGAUCAUCACGUGACAAAGAACGAUCUCGCGAGCGUGACCGACGGGACAGGUCCCGCGGCAGCCGCGAGAAGAAGGAGAGACGGUACAGUCGAGACGGUUCUGGUAACCACUACAGCGCGCGGGGUCGACAUCGUUAAUUAACUAGGUAUAAUUAAUAAUAUUGUAUACAACUUAGCUUUAUCUACAACAGACAUUUAUACAGGUCCGAAGAACAGCUCAGGAAUUGUUGAAAAAUUCUCAAAGCCAAUGCAGAUAUACUUAUGCCAAAACAAUAUCUCAGAUUAAAUAAUGAAUUUACAAAUAAUAUUUGAAAAUAAAAUCUUGUAUGCUUUGUUCAACUUUUAUUUUAUGACGAUACGUCACUCGAACGGUUACCUCAGUUGGAAGAGCACUCGCACGAAACGCGAGAGGUCGUGGGUUCGAGUACCACAUUGUUCAUAAAAUUUUGUUUUCAAAUUUUAUUUGUGUAUUGAUCCUAGAAUUGAGGAUAUCACUUUAAAAACAUAACAAAUUGUUUACAAUGAAUUUGAUGAAGAUAUUUCUUGCCUCUUCAAAAUUGUAAAAUCUGACUACUUGCAGUAUUUAAGCACAGCUGUUCUUUUAUUUUAUAGUUUCUGAUAGAAAUUUUUCUAAAAGAUGUCGAACAUUUUCAUUUAAGUGUUAAUACCGAUUUAAAUAUCAGUAAACAGGCAUUUUGUUUUUGUGAUAAACAAUUACCUUAUAACUUAUAAAAUUUAUUAAUUUGGUAUUGAAUUAUAAUGUUUAGUUCCUUGUCUAGUUUGUUAUAACAAGCUGUUUGAGAAUUUUUCUGGAUUUCUUUUGGUUUUACGGCCGUUCCCAAUAUACUAUCUACAGAUAGAGAUAAAUUACUACCUUCUACUGUCAUUAAUUAGCUGUCAAUAAUCUGAAGCUGUCCCAAUAUACCCGAUAAGUCAUUCGUAUCGCCUUAUAUUGGGACGCGUGAAUUGAAAUUUCCAUAGAAAAUGUAUCUCUGGUGAGCUAUACGUCCUCCCAUUGACAGAAAGCAUGUAGGGGAGCGGGGGGCACGUUGUUACAAUUUUUAGAUAAUUAUUAAUAUCACAAAAGCUAUCAAAUAAUGUAUACAUUUGAUUGCUUUUACCAUUAGUGUGUCUAUUCAGCUAGUAGAAUAGCAUUGGAAAAAUAUUAAAGUUUACGUAAUUUUUCCCGUAAUAGAGAAUUAAUGAAAUAAGUCGAUUAUAACAACUUACCCCUGACUUGGGGCUAGUUGUUACAGCUUCGGGGCACGAUGUUACAGUAGGUAAAUAAACAAAAUGAACAAUAAUAAAUCAUUUAUUUUUUAUUGUUUCAAAACGUUAUGAAUAAAAGAGACUAUUUUGAACAGUCUUAUAACAUUUAUGAGCAAUUAUACUAUCUAUAUCGUAAUUUUCCAACUUUUUAACAGUAAUAAUCACAUAACUUUGGCAGGAACUUUCUUAAAUCUUAUAUAAAACACAUUUUCAUUACUGAAUUAGAAAAUUUCGUCAGUAAAUACCAACAUGUAAUAAAUUAUUUAUACUUUUUUAACUUGGCACUUCAGUUAAACUAAAAUCUAACAUUUUCAAUACACUUAUAUUGCAAUAAAAUUUAUAGUUACGUAUACAAUACUGUAUAAACAGUCGACAGCAUAUCACGAGUAACAGUUGCACCAGGCAAGCAAUAAAGGCGACCUCAAGGUCAACCUUCACCUUUAUUGUAGGUAACAAUAUCACAUAUUUAUAUUACAUUAGUCUUCAUCAGAAUUACAAUUAAUACAAAUGAAUAAUUGAACGUUUCCUGUUACACAUUUGACAUGGGCCCACAUUUUGCAUUCUAAACAUUCUACCCAAUCUUCUUUUUUAGAAGUACUGUAACUUUCGCUACACACUAAACAAAACCAUUCUUCAGUAUCAGAAUCUGAAUCAGAAACCAAAAUUUUUUUCUUCACCUUUUCUUUUCCUACUUUACUCGUUUUCGCAGAUUUCCCUUUUCCUUUACCUUUUCCUUUAUUUUGGUCGCACGCUUUUUUGGUCUUGGCCAGUUUUUCUUCAUACUCCUUUUGUAAUGAGUCUUUUUCAGGUGUGUCGGUUAAUACAGCGGAUUUACGUUUACGACGGUUAUGGUUGGAUUGUUUUCGAGCCUCUGCCUUGGGAAAGGAUCUUAUCUUUGAAGGCGAAAAAUUUUCAAAUGUACUUUGUAUACCAGAUGAACCUGGUAUCGCUAAUUCAAUUUUAUUUUUAAAACUUGACGAAUCUGCACUCGGUAAUGUUGUUAAACAUUCUAUAUCUUGCGAACAAGCUGGAUUUGGAGAAGGUGAAACAGUAAUAUUGUUAAUAGUGUCAGGUAAUAGAUUGGUUGCUGUUUCGAUUGCCUGUAUGAUUUCAUUUGUGCUUAUGUUCAGUUGAGGCGCAGAAUCUAGCAAUUCCGGAUUUUCCAGGUCCAGUGUCAAAUUGGAGGUGUUCUGCGAGGCAGUGGGAUGAUUCGUUUCUGGAUUGGGGCGAUCAGUGACAUAAGAAGGUGCAUAAUCACUGUCUUGAAAGAUAUCAGGAUUAAAAGGCCAUAUCCCGGUUGAUCGAAAUCCGCUCAUGAUAUUUACAGGAUUUAGGGCCAAUGGCAGUGAAUCUUUCACCACGCCUGGGAGAUCAUGAAUCGUCAUUGUUUUUCCUGGAUGAUUAUACAUCCAGGCCGUCUGGGCUCGAUUAAGGUGGUUUUUAAAUGGGCCAUAAACGCCUACAUCUAAUGGUUGUAAAUUGUGAGAGCAGUGCGGGGGAAACGACAGCAUGAUUAUGUUGUUUACUUUGGCUUUCUCCACGACGUGAAAAUUUACAUGUGAGUUGUGGUUAUCCAGCAGGAGGAGGACGGGCUGUUCAAUGGAAGGUUUGACAUGUUGAAUGAAAUGAUCCAAGAAUUUUAAAAAUUCUACUUCUGUCAUCCAUCCUGAAGAAUUGCCUGCUCCUAUCGCUUCUGAUGGUCCAGCACGAAGAAAUAGAUCAGUGUAUCUCAUUCUGGGAAAAACGAACAUCGGCGGGACUGAAUUUCCAGCAGCAUUUAUGGCACAUGUGAGCGUUACAAGUACUCCUCUUUCUGCAGAUGUGAUCGCACCGACCUGUUUUUGACCACGAGCAGCAACUAUUUUUUUAGGCUUCUGUACCGUUGUGACACCUGUUUCAUCAACGUUCCAUAUGCGCGAAGCAGUGAAUUCAUAUUUUUGGAAUAACAAUUGCAGUUUGUCAAAAAAGUCUUUAACGUUGGUUCUGUUGAAUGACGUUGCUCUACUCAAAGAUGUAGCUUCUGGUGUUCUCAGAGAUAGUUGAGGAUUUCUGUGCAUAAAACUUUUAAACCAGUCCGGCCCAGCCAUAUUAUUUUGGAUCCAACUGGGGGGAAUAUUUUUUAAUUCGAGUUUUACUGCACAUUGAUAAGCUAGUUUUCGGACUUCAGUUGGUAGUAAACCAAAAUAUAUUUCUGAACUUUUGAUUAGAUAAGAAGCUAAUUUAUGUUCGGCUUCUUGUGAGAAUACCAAUUUAGGUUUAACGUAACCCAAUGAACAAGAUUCGUUGUUUUUGUUUUUUCUGACAUACCUGGAUAAGGACAUCGGACACAAAUUAAACAUUUUGCUUGCUUUACGAAUGCUCGUUUUAUUCUGCAGUACUUCUGCCGCAGCAGAUUCAUAAACUUCUUGACUAGUUGUACCUCUUUCCGUUUUUCUUUUAUAGUUUCUCAUUCUAAAAAAAAAACAAUGAGUAUUUAGAAUUUAAAAAAUAAUUGAAAGAUGAACCAUUGUUUUAAAAAGCAAGAAUGCGCCCGUCGGAACGAAAGCUUCAAUUUCUUUCCAUUUAUUCUAAUUUUUAAGUACAGCGUAGUAAUUUCUAAAUGAUAGUCAAUGAGAUGAACGGUAAUACAAGGUCUGAGGCAAGUUGUUACAUGUAACAACCUACCCCGAAAAAUUGUAACAACCUGCCCCAUGGUGUGUUUUUUAAUUAAAAUUAAAGCCGCCAUUAAUGGAUAUCAAUAGCAGAAUAAAACGCUAUUACAAAUUAAAACUCGAUACAUUAUGAACGUUCGAGGUGAAAAGAAUUUAGAGAAUAACAAAUAUAGACGGCAGGAAUCAAAAAUUUCGUAAAAGAUUUUGUUACGUACUUGAUGGAAAUCGAGACACGUGCACACAACCUAACAGUUUGCCGCUCGGCGGGUCACUGAUUGUUUUUUUGCAACGCACGAUGUUAUAAGGAAACAAAUGAGUCCACUUACGUCUACCAAAGAGUUGAAAAUCCCGGUAAAAAAUGCGUGUAACUUCUUACCCCUGUAACAACGUGCCCCCCGCUCCCCUAAGGUGAGUUACCGUCGAUAAGUUUAUUGGGACAGAAAAGUCAACGAUUUUUAUCUCAAGUAGGCCUCAACCGGAGAUAGACGAACGGCCGAUAGUUAAAUACGUUAUUUAUUGGUAUCAAAGUAGUGUGUUUAUAUUAUAUAAAUUUCUACUAAUUAUGACGAUAUGAUAUCUUGUUGAGAAAUUAAUAACUUUUUGUAAAGUAGCAGUUAAUUAAGUGUUAAAAGAAUAAAAACUAAAAUUAGGAAAAUGGUAAAGGCUGUAAAUGUAAAUUAAGAGAAGAAGCAUGGCAAAACUUAUUUGUCUAAUGAAGCAAACUUGGUUAAAUGUAUAGGUUCUUUAGGCAGUUAUUUUAAUUUAUUCAUUGGAGAAUAAAUCUACAGUUGUAAAGGUAUGAUGCUGUAGAUAAUAAAAAAAACCAUUGAGUUCAUAAUGUAUAUUCUGGGGUUUGAUUGUGCUCUGUUUGCUAGGUUAGUGUCAUUUAAAAAAUCUCAUAGUGAUGAUAGUCAAACAAUAUUUUUCUAAUGCACAAAUAAAAUUUGAAAAACAAAAUUUUAUGAACGAUGCGGGAUUCGAACCCACGACCUCCGGCGUUCCGUGCCGGUGCUCUAACCAACUGAGCUAACAGUUCGAAUACCGUGUUUGCUUUGUUCAACUCUCUGGUUGUGGCUUCAGAAUUUUAUAACGAGGCGGUACUCGAACGGUUAGCUCAGUUGGUUAGAGCACCGGCACGGAACGCCGGAGGUCGUGGGUUCGAAUCCCGCAUCGUUCAUAAAAUUUUGUUUUUCAAAUUUUAUUUGUGUAUUAAUCCUAGAAGUGAGGGUUAUCACUUUAAAAAAAACAUAACAUUUUUGUAAUGGUAAGAGUUAUCGAUAAAUAAAUUCCGACAUGGCACCAUUUACGAAUGUAAACCAUGCGUCAUAUCAAUUCCGUGUUUUAUUUGUCUGUAUAAUCUAGAGAUAUUAUCAAAUCAAGAAGGCGAUUUUAAUUGUCGACCGUUCGAGUUAAAAGAUCGGUGGAGAUUCGAGAUUGUCAAGAUAUGUUUGCGUUUUAAUUGGGUGUUAUGAAAAUUAAGUCGUAUUUUAAAUAUGUACGAAAGGCGCAAUAUUUUUGAUAAAUGGAUAAGUACAAAUAAUGUCCCAAGUCUAUUGUUUUGUUGCGAAAAGUGCAGCUGAUUAUUGUCAAUUAUGAGUAAUGCUUAAAUACGAGUAUCGGUUCGCAAUACAGCGAGUUGGUGCAAACGAAAACGAUGCAUUUACCCUAUCUUUGCUCCGUUUCUAGUGACGGAGUUGACAGUAUGAAUUAUGAUUGCUACACCGUGGAAUUUUCCACUAUUAUGAAAGGAAAAACUUAAUUAUCUUUAUAUUAAAGCAAACAAAAAUAAAAUUGCUCCCCUGUUAUCUCAUUCAUUCAUUACUAAAAGAAAAGCAAACGAUAAAUCAAAUUUGGUUUAACUUUGAUUAUACAUUUACCCCUUAUUCAUAAUGGUCCGCGUACUUUAAAAAGCCGCUAAAGAGUGUUUGUUCUCAUUCUGACUUAGGUCAAUAGAAGAAGACAGAGUGAGAAUGAGCAAUGCUUUAAGUUAGCAGACUAUUAUGAAUAAGGGGGUUAAUUUUUGCCAGUAUUGUACAAAGCUGUAUUAGAUUGGGCUUGUAUGAUAUACAACAGUGAACUAGGUUUAUUUUUAAAAUUAUUGGCUAUCGUUAACUGACCUUGUUUAAAUCAUCGGCAUACCUUGAGAUCUGUAUUCCCAUUAAAUAGCUUGCUCUUGAAAGUGAUAGUCAAUGUUUCAAAUAUUUUUAAAAUCUUGGUUUGGUUUUAGGCUCCAAUUUAACAAAUACUUUAUCACUUUAGAUGUUUCUUUAUAUUGUGUAGAAAACUGUUUUUUCUUACCUACAACAGCCAAUUCCGAUCUAAAAUGCAAUACCCUCCCAUGGUACUCUUAAAUACUUCUUGGGAUCUAAUGUGCAUCCAGGAUCUCAUAAUCUAGGAUUGUGUUGUUCACACACAUUGUUUCUUUUGGUGACAGUUAUAUUAUAUUAAUAAUAUGCAGAAGCGGUUGUACAUGUUGGUAUGCAUGCAAUAGGGUAUAUAAAUAAUAACAUUUUAUUGAGUCAAUUUUUUUUAUUGAAAUUCAAUAAUUUGUAAAUGGUUGUCAUUGGUCGGAGCGAAUUUGGAGUAAAAUAUUUGCAACUGUUAAUCUUAUAGUAAUGUAAAAUUAUAUUUUUUAAUGCUGUUCUCUGCUGCCUGUUCAGCAAGCAUUGCUGUCUUUGAGAUGAAGCAGCAUUAUGGCUAGUAUUAGCAUCGAUAUAGAAAGUUACUGGCAUCUUAAUGAAAAUCCUUAUAUAGUGAAAACUCCAAUAUAUUAAAAUCUGUUCUUCGAUUAAGUACAUAAAAUAGGUACUAACACUCUUAACUGUUCACAGGUAGCUUUUGGUUUGCCAUUUGCAAAGGUUCCUUAUUGGUGAAAACAUUGAUAUAUUUAAUUUAUUAUUAGUACUUGUUAUACGUACAUAUAUUUAAUAUCAAAACUCGUGAAAAUCAGAGCACUUUAAUUUUCCAUACGCACGCAUAUAGUUUAUACAACUUGACUGUGCUUUUUCAUAUAUAGUUAGCAGUUCUCAAUAUAAAAUACUAUAAUAGAUUUAAACUCCACUAGUUUUUGCUGUUACAGUUUUAGGUCCUGUAAGUCCAAACAUAUUGGUGAAAGGAGACAAGAUUGUAAGAUAUAUGAUAUUGCAUCUUUGACAGAUGAGGUGACCUAUUUCUUUCAACAAUAUGUAAAUAAUUGUAAGUGGUUAAAAUAUAAAAAGUAAGUUUUUCACUACAAAAUUAGAAUGUGUUUUUGAUGAAUUAUAAUAUAAUAUGUAGGUAAUUAGUAUCUACUAAUAAUUGGUCAAAUUUAUCAUGUUACAUUGCUGUUUCGACGUUAUUUGUUUCAAAAUAUACAAGUGUUAAUAAGUUUAAAAGUAAAAUAUUAUUACGAGUACUGACUCGCAAUUGAACGAAUCGGUACCCCGCAGACAGUGUAAGCAAGAGUGGGACGCCCCUCUCCUUCAUUACCGUAUCCCAUCAUUGCUCUGUCUUGUGGCUGAGUUGAGUUACUUUGUAUUAGCAUUACACUUGCGGAAUUAACCAACAUAAACAUCUAUACAAAAUUAUUUACCUGUAACAGUCCAGUAUCCAUUGGUGUAUAUGAUGAAUGUACAAUAUUUAUAUAAAAAAAUAAAAAUUUUCACCAUAAUUUAUGAACGAACGCACCCACGAUUUCUCGGGUUCCGCCCGAGCGUUCUUACCACAGAGCCAACCGUUCGAGUACGCUCAGACGGAACCCGAGUCAAGUAUCGUUCAUAAAUUUUGUUUACAAAUUUAAUUGGUAUAAUCUAUCCUAGAAGUGAGGGUAAUUACUUUUUAAAAUGAAAAAUUGUUUACAUUUGAAGGAGCGACAUCUCAAAUCACUUGCCUAAUAUGCAAUAAUUGGAGUUGAGUAGGUUAUCAACUGUAGAAUAGAUCCUGUAGAUGGAGCUACUACCUAAAAGUUGAACAAGGUAUACUGAAAUUUACGAUACAUGCGUACUCGAACAGUUGGCUCGGACGGAAGUCGCGGGUUCGUGUACCGCAUCGUUCUUAAAUUUGGGUUACAAAUUUAAUUUGUAUAAUUAAUCUCAGAAGUGAGGGAUAUCACUUUAAAAAUAAACCAUUGUUAAUAUUUUCAUAAAAAGAAAUUACUGCUAUUAGUACAAACAUAAAUACGAAGAUUCACGGAAAUUAAUAAUUUGAAUACGUCCGGUAUUCACAUUUAAUAAAUUUACAUUUAAUAUAACACAUGUCUGUUUAUUCUGCCUUCUUAAUUACAUAUCCGCUCUUGUUGUACCUAUAAAAUCUUGUAUUUUUUGCAAUGUCGUUUUAUACACACAUAUGGACAUAUCUUUCGCGGAAUAAUCUGAUAGCGGAACAGCAAAAGUGUGCAUAAAGCCAAUGUAAGCACACUUUUCUCCUUAGUCGUGUUUCAACUGUAACUGUUUGAAUUAACCCUGAACUGAAUAAAUGUUUUAUAUUGCUGCUUAUUGACCAAGAACAUUUUGAACAACUAAAGUAUAAAAAUGCGGCAAUGUAUAUAGACUUGACAGUUGAAACUUAUUAUCACUGGCCUGUAUAAAUACCACUGGACAGGCUGUUCCAUAUGUUUCACAGCAAUGUUUUUGUGCCUAUUUGAAGCGCCACUCGCGAGCGUCCAGAGAACUAAUUUUGACGUAUAAUACAAAUGGCUGCGAGAGAAGCGUACAAAUACCCUGAAGUAUUUUUGAAUUUUGAUUUAAUUUCGGUCUUCUUCCGUGUUAUUUAUACUUCAGACAUCAACGUAAUAAUAAUUUAUUACUAAAAAUAAAGUACACAUUUCUUUUUGUAAAUAUUUUCCUAUCGAUGUUUGUUCAGCUAAGGUUGUCAUCACUAGUUUUAGUUCCGCAGACUCUCGCUAUGGCCAACAGCGCCAUAAUGGCGAAUAUCAAUCAGGCACAAAAGCACUUUGACAGCGCCAGUUCAGUGGUAAAUAGUGGAGGUCAGUAGUAUGGUGUAAUUUGUGGCAUGUUCCAUAUUUAGGCUUUGUUUUUAUAUGACGUGAUUUCUCUCUUUGUAUAAAACGUCAUUGAUUUUUAUCUCUCCCAAUUUAACUGUUCUUUAAACUAAGUUUAAGUGAAUUUAUUUAGCGUAUAACAUCUAUGCUGAUCAGAAUUCCUAUGUGAUCUUAUUUUACCAUUUGUAAAUAGCUUGAUAUAAUGUAGACUUAAGCUAUUUCUAAGUUCUUGAUAGUAAGAUAAAGGUAUGUUUUAGUGCGUACAAAAUAAUUUAGUUGUAUGGUAAAUUACUUACCUAAUACAAUAAAAUCAUUUAAAAAAUUA